UUGAAACGCCGCCGCGGACACAAAAGCGUAGAUCCCCCGACGCCCCGCCAAGGACUGGGCCUGCGGACACCUGCAGCGGUGGGAUCCUGGCGAAGAAGGAUCCGCCAUGGCCCAGGAGCUCCUGUCCCCCCCGACCCACCUGCUGUCGGACGAGGACGAAGCCGUCUCCCCCCUGUUCGAGUCCACGGCGGCCGACUUGGUGGCCGGCCUGCGGAAGGACCUGCUGGCCGAAUUCUCCACCAUCUCGCCCGGCCCGGAGGGCGACCAGACGCAGGUGGAGGAAGAGGCCGGGAAGGUGAAGGUUUACCUGCGCGUCCGGCCCCUGAUGCCGUCCGAGGUGGACAGACAUGAGGAGCAGGGCUGCGUCGUCAUCGAGAACGCCGAGACCCUGGUCCUGCAGGCGCCCAAAAAGUCGUUCGCCAUGAAGAGCACCGAGCGCGGAGUGGGCCAAGCCACUCACCGCUUCACCUUCUCCCAGGUCUUCGGGCCGGACGUGGGCCAGGCGUCCUUCUUCAACCUGACGGUGAGGGAGAUGGUGAGGGAGGUCCUGAGCGGCCAGAACCGGCUCAUCUACACCUACGGAGUCACCAAUUCGGGCAAGACGCACACGGUGCAGGGGACCCAGAAGGACGGGGGCAUCCUGCCGCGCUCCCUGGCCCUCAUCUUCAGCAGCAUCCGGGGGCAGCUGGCCGCGGGCGCGGCCUUGAAGCCGCUGCUGUCCCACGAGGUGGUGCGGCUGGACGGCCGGCAGGGCCGCCAGGAGGAGGCCCGCAAGCAGGCCCUGCUGAGCGCCGGCUCGCGGGAGGCGACCCCCUCCUCCCCGCCGCUGCCGGCCGAUCGGCCCCCGAAGCCCAGCCCGGAGCCGCCCACCCCGCAGGCGGCCGCCAGCUUCGACAGCGGCAUCGCCGGGCUGUCCUCGUCCGGCCACGCCAGCGGGAGCCAGCUGGAAGAGCCGAGCGCCCGCUGGGCCGAAGCGGAGGACGCCCCGCUGCGCGUGGCCGCGGCCGUCCGCUUCUCGGUCUGGGUGUCCUUCUUCGAGAUCUACAACGAGCUCAUUUACGACCUGCUGGAGCUGCCCGGGCACAAGAGGCAGACGCUGCGGCUGUGCGAGGACCACAAGGGCAACCCCUACGUCAAAGACCUGAGUUGGGUGAACGUGCGGGAUGCGGACGAGGCCUGGAAGCUUCUGCGUGUAGGACGGAUGAACCAGACUUUCGCCAGCACCCACCUGAACCACAACUCCAGCCGCAGCCACAGUAUCUUCUCCAUCCGCAUCCUGCACCUGCAGGGAGACAGCGAAGUGGUCCUCAAGAUCAGCGAACUGUCCCUCUGCGACCUGGCCGGGUCCGAGCGCUGCAAGGAGCAGAAAACCGGGGAGCGCCUGAAGGAGGCCGGGAGCAUCAACACGUCCCUGCACACCCUGGGCCGCUGCAUCGCGGCCCUGCGCCAGAACCAGCAGGCGCGGCCCAAGCCGAGCCUGGUGCCCUUCCGCGACAGCAAGCUGACACGCGUGUUCCAGGGCUUCUUCACGGGCCGCGGCCGCUCGUGCAUGAUCGUCAACGUCAACCCCUGCGCCUCCACGUACGACGAGACCCUCCACGUGGCCAAGUUCUCGGCCUUGGCCAGCCAGCUGGUCCACGCCCCCCCCGUGAAGCUGGGGCUGUUCAUCAAGAGCCAUAGUAGCCUCCUCGCUGCCCCCGGCCAGGGGAAAGCGGCCAGGCGAGGCCCGGUCUCCGCGGAGGAAGACGAGGAGGAGGAGGAGGAAAGCAGUGGUGAUGAAGAGGACUUCUCCCUGUGUGAGAAGGAAAAACUGCUGCAGGUGGUGGACGCCCUGAAGAAGCUGCUGCUGCAGGAGCGGCGGGAAAAGCUGCAGCUGGAAAUGCAACUCCGCAACGAGAUCUGCAACGAGGUGGUGGAGCAGAUGCGGGAGAGGGAGCAGUGGUACAGCGAGCACCUGGACACCCAGAAAGAGCUCCUGGAGGAUCUGUAUGAAGACAAGCUGAAGAACCUGAAGGAGUCGCUGACGACGUAUUACCGGGAGGAGCUGCGGGAGCGGGACGAGCAGGUGGAGGAGCUGGAGGCGGCGCUGCGGGAGGCCCGGCAGCAGGCGGCGGAGGCCGGCCUCCCCGUGCGGCGGUCCCAGCGCGUGGCCGCCGCCUCCGGCCUGCAGGAACUGCAGGAGGCCAAGGCCAAGCUGGCCCACUGCCAGGAGGAGCUGAGCUCUGCCCAGCGUGAGCUGCACAAGUACCAGAAGAUGCUGGAGCCGCCGCCCUCGCCCUCCAAAUCCUUCGCCAGCGACGUGGACAGGAAGCUGGAAGAGGGGCAGAAGAACGUGAGGCUGCUGCGGGCAGAACUUGAAAAGCUGGGCCAGUCCUUCCAGUCGGCCGAGAGAGUCUGCUGCCACAGCACCGGGGCGGGGAAACUGCGCCAGGCCCUGGCCACCUGCGACGACAUCCUCGUCAAGCAGGACCAGACCCUGGCCGAGCUGCAGAACAACCUGACGCUGUUGAAGCUGGACCUGCGGAAGACGGCCGGCCCCGGGGGCGAGGGGUGCCACGCGGGGCUCAGGCCGCCGGCCCCCGCCUUCUUCAAGAAGCGCCAGGGCCCCAACCAGGAGAACGUGCAGCCCGGGCAACAGCCGCCGGGCAAGAGGCCCUUCCUCCACGGCUUCCUGAACCGGACGCCCUCGCGCCCGGUCACGGCCGACAGCAGCCCCUACGUCCGUAUCCUCCGCUCCCGCCGCUCCCCCUUGCUCAAGUCGGGGCCCUUCGGCCGGAAAUACUGAGGGGCGGGGGGUGUCGGUUCCCCCCCCACCCCGUCCGACAACCUCGCGAUCCUAUAAGCUUUAAAGAGGGGGGUCGCCCCUCUGUUUUUAAAACACAGGGCGAACGCUCCAGUUGCAAGUUGCACCGCCCGCUACUCUCACUUGUACUAUAUUCCCGCGUUGUAUCCAAACCGUUGUCCGUUUGAUGGUUUCUAUGCACAAAAUAAACUUAUA